AUGCGUCAGGCUCGAUGCCGUGAGAUGCCGCGCGCGCUCCGAACACGAUGCGGCGAUCGCGUAGCCUCUUCUGCCGCAUCGCCCAUGCCUCUGGCUUGUCUUCGUGUCGACUUGGAAUUGCACUUGCUGUCGAUAUCUGGAUAUUAUCCGGUUUUUAUCCGGAUAAUAUCCAGAUAUGCCGCCAAAGGACCCGCGCCAGCCGUAUUAUACAAGUCGAGGCCAUCGUCCGCACAUUUCGCACCAGCCCGAGGAUCUCACUCUCAGCGUCUGUUUCGGCAGAUAGACGACAUAACUCUCAACACGUCGACGUCUGGC